CUUAAUCACUCAACUGCCCAAGACAUAUUCCGAUCACCUGACUCUUUACCCCUAUAUUGCCCCUAUCCCAUUGUUUACAUUCGACCGUCAGCGUAUCCGAGGAGCUGACGGCGUUGUCUUGAAACUAUCGAAUCCAGCAAAGACAAAAGACAGCUAUCGACACUUGAUUCAAGAUCUACAGAAGUCUGCCGCCGCAAACCUGGAUUACAGACCGGCUCCGUCAAACAUGUCGUUGUCGCGGGUGCCGGGGGAUGAGAAUCUGUAUGUUGGAGGGAUAUUCACUCUUCGCCGGAAGAGCACUCUUGAGAAAACCGGUAUUACUCACAUCGUUUCGGUCCUCAAGUAUGACUUCAAAGACUUUGAGGAUUGGGAGAAAUACGACCAUCUGAACAUCGAGGUUGACGAUGUGGAGGAUGAGAAUCUGUUAGGAGAGUUUGAGAACACGGGAAAGUGGAUUGAAGAGGGUCUAAAGAACGGAAAGGAUGGCAAGAAAGGAGGUGUUUUAGUUCACUGCGCAAUGGGCAAAUCACGCUCGGUAACAAUUAUAGUUGCCUACCUUCUCCGACAAUAUCCUUACCACACCGUGUCUUCAGCAUUAGCACUAGUUCGGGAAUCACGGCCCAUGGCUGAGCCUAACAAUGGCUUCAUGGCACAACUCGAACUCUACAAAGAGAUGGGCUGCCCACGUGAUAUCGAUGGUCACCCCAAGUACCAGAGGUGGCUAUAUCAAAGAGAAGUCGAUCUCGCCCUGGCAGCUGGGAUGGCACCAGAAAGGGUCAGGUUCGAGGAUGAGGAACUGCAAGACGAGACCGAAGUAUCGGGACGGGAGGUUGAGUUAAGGUGUCGUAAAUGCCGGCAAAGUCUCGCAACAACCCCCUAUUUUGUGAAACAUCUUCCAAACCUUCCCAAAACCAAGUCGUUGCCUACGACAGAACCAAUAUCCUCACUUACCGACUCUUUUCCCAUGCCACCACUUCACACCGCUUGUACGCACCAUUUCCUCCACCCCCUAUCCUGGAUGCGGCCAGCGCUCGAACAAGGACUCCUGGAUAGCCGUCUCGAGUGUCCAAAUCUCAAAUGCCACGCCCAGAUAGGACGCUAUGCAUGGCAAGGCAUGAAGUGCAGUUGCGGAAUAUGGGUUUGUCCAGCGUUCAGUCUUCAAAGGGGCCGAGUAGACGAGAUCGUGAAAAGGGGGGAGAAUAACCAGGGUCAGGGGCCAGAUGGAGUUAACGUUGCCAGUGGGGGACGAAAGGGCACUGCUCUUGGUAUUAGGCUUCCGCCGGGUAUGCGAGGCAAGGGAAACCUAUAGGAUCGAAAUGACGGUGUGGAAGAACUAUGCAGCAUUUCGGAGAGCCUGGCCCUAUUGGUGGCCUGUAUUGAAAUUGUGGCACUGGCGGCGAUGAUGAUUUGAUGGCCCCCAAGAUCUCGUCAGCACAUCGACCGGAAACACCGAGCUCUCCCGAUGCAGUUGCACUGGUGCAGCGAGUAGAGACAGUGGUCUGAACACCUUGUGCAACCAUCGUGAACGAAAGGAGGUUGCCA